AUGAAUGCAGAUUUGUUCGAAGAAUACUUUAUACAAAUGCUAGAUCUUAUUCCAGCCGAAUUGCCGGUAAUUGUUCUUGACAACGCCGGUUACCACUCGAGAAAAGUUGAAAGUCUACCUACGACGUCAUGGAGAAAACAAGACAUUAUUAACUGGUUAAUACAAAAAAAUAUUACAUUCAACAAUGACUUGGUGAAGAACGAACUUUUGUCAAUUGUCAAAAUAAAUAAAAAUUCACAAGAAUUCACCCACAAAAAAUAUAAUAUUGAUGAAGUUGCAAGAAAUCGCCAAAUUAAAAUUAUUCGUUUUCCUCCCCAUCAAUAUGAACUCAAUCUGAUCGAAUUGAUAUGGGCCCAAGUUAAAGGCGAAGUAGCUCGGAAAAACACAACAUUCAAAUUACUAGACGUUAGAAUAUUACUAAACAAAGCUUUAAGAGUCGUUACUGCACUAAAAACUGGCAAAAAUGCAUUCAGCAUUUUAUCAAAACGGAAGAAAAAAUGUGGGAAUUAG